AUGACCCACGGGAGUCCACGGGAAAUGCCAGCCCACUCGAUGGACUGUGGCGCUGGACCCUGGGGAGGGCUGUCUGCCGGGCGUCCCCGUGACGCAGCGCCUUCUUCCGCAGUUGGCCUCUACACCUCCAUCUUUGGCGUGCUCCAGCUGCUGUGCCUGCUGACGGCCCCUGUCAUUGGCUACAUCAUGGACUGGAGGCUGAAGGACUGUGAAGACACCUCCGAGGAAUCCGAGGAGAAAGACGCCAACCAAGGCGAGAAGAAAAAGAAGAAGCGGGACCGGCAGAUCCAGAAGAUCACCAAUGCCAUGCGGGCCUUCGCCUUCACCAACCUGCUGCUUGUGGGCUUUGGGGUGACCUGCCUCAUUCCCAACCUGCCUCUCCAGAUCCUCUCCUUCAUCCUGCAUACAAUCGUGCGAGGCUUCAUCCACUCCGCUGUCGGGGGCCUGUACGCCGCCGUGUACCCCUCCACCCAGUUCGGCAGCCUCACAGGACUGCAGUCUCUGAUCAGCGCGCUCUUCGCCCUCCUGCAGCAGCCGCUGUUCCUGGCCAUGAUGGGUCCCCUCCAGGGAGACCCUCUGUGGGUGAAUGUGGGGCUGCUCGUCCUCAGCCUGCUGGGCUUCUGCCUCCCGCUCUACCUGAUCUGCUACCGGCGCCAGCUGGAGCGGCAGCUGCAGCAGAGGCAGGAGGACGACAAACUGUUCCUCAAGAUCAACGGCUCGUCCAACCAGGAGGCCUUCGUGUAGCGGCUGCCGCCUCGGAACUGCGGUCUCCUGCCUGUGCUUCAGUGACUGACCCCUGUCCUGCCCCUCCAGAGUACCCCCCGCACCCCCAGGACCCUCGCCAUCUCCGUGCUGGAGUUCACGCUCCCUCCCGGGGCCCUGCCUCGGAGCUCUGUGGUGGAAGGACGGGAGAGGGCCUGGGACAUGCGAGUGUUUUGAUGCCGAACGCAGGGACUGCCCUGACUUUGCUCUGCCGCCUCCUCCAGGGACCCAGGGCCUGGGGUCUCUGUGGUGCCUGCAGGAGGAGCCAGGAACACCCGGCAGGCAGGCGUUCUCCCGCCAGUGUCUGGAUUCUGCCUCGUGCCAAAGCAGAGGGGGCUGCCAUCCACUGCCUGCCACCUGCCCCUCGGCUGCAUGCCCACGGCCACACCUGCCUGAGGACAAAGGCUUGCACUGUCUCGCCCGCGCCUGGCCCCUCACCCCCUCCCUGGCCAGUCUGAGGCUGCCUGAGGAAGGAAGGACCCGCUUCCUGUUGUUGGUGCUAACUCCUUUGUAAUUCCAGCCCUCUGUCGCCUGUGCAGGGCCCGUCCACCCCUUGAGGCCGGUGGAGAAGCCCCACCUGGCUUACACCCUGGAGAGGGUUUAGUGGGCUGGGUGGACAAGGGUCGCCAGUGGCUCCUUGCCUCCUCCCACAGGGCUUACGCCGGGGACAUGUUUCCACUGCCACCCUCGUUCCUGUCUGCCACCUGAAGGCAAUUUGAGGACCGCCGCCAGGGCACCCCCUACAUACACACAGCUGCUUUUGUGGGGGUGGACGCAAGGCUGUGGCCAGCAGACACGGAGGUGCAGGUCAGGGUGGGGACGUGGGUGGGUCCAAGGGGUGUAUGGGGUCGGGGUGGGCUCUAGGAGUUAGCCCUCAUGCCCACUGACCAGGCAGGAGCCGCCAGGCCUGCAGGCUGGGCCAGCGCCCAGGAGCCAUCCUGGCGCGGGGCCAGGAGCUUGUCCAAGGCCACAGGCCCACAGCACCCCCUGCUGGCAGGCUGCGCAGGGACUCUGGAGCUGAUGCCGGGGGAGGCCUGUCCGCCUGGCCCACCAACCCGCCCACCUUGACCGCCCCCAGAAGUGUGUCUUGAGACCUCCUGGGCGUGCUUAGAGGGGUGAGUUGAUGUUUGGAUUUUUAGUUAUUUUUCUCUUCAGUUUUAUCAGACUUCUUUUUUAUAAAGCAAUAAAUCCAUUUUCCUCCUGGUAAGGGA